UCACUCGUUUUCAUAGCUUAUAUAGUUAGUUAUUUGUUUAUUAUAAUUAUAUUUUAAAAUUUCUAUGUUGGAUUUGGUUUAGUGGGGAACGUUAAGCUAUUUGUUUAAUCAAUUAGUGUUGCCAACUUUAUCAUUUUUUAAAAUUGUUUUUUAGCUUAUUUUAUUCUCAGACCAGCAUAGGACUCUUUAAGUAGUAAUACUCUGACCGAGAUUUGUUGGAUUUCGUUUCUCUAGCCCUUAAAUAUUUGAUUGUUUAUGAAGAAUUUUUGUCUAGCAAUUGCGUUGCCAUUUUGUGGUAUCGAAGGAGGCUAUACUUUUUCUUUUCUCCCUCUUUUAUUCUUUUGGAAAACAUGGACUUCCCAUUUCAUCUCUCAGAAAUAAGUUUUUUUCUUUUUUAAUAAUUUUUCCACAAUCAAGUUUACUCAAUAAAAGGAAAGAAAUUUGUUCAACUAAUUUUCUCGAUUCCAGGUUGGACUACUGCAUUAGGUAGAUAAUUGAUGUAGAAUUUUGGUGUAACAGUCAGAUAAUUGAUGUAGAAUGUUGUACAAAGACAGUAAGACGGGUUCUAACUUCUGUUUAACGAGGUUUAUUAGUUUUGUGAAACACAAUUCUUGUGAUUGAACAAGGAAGAUCUCACUUAAUGUGAUUUGUUAAUUCUUGAGGACUAAGUCAUUCAAUUUUACUUCCUGUUUAUAUGAGAGUGGGAAAUGCGUGGACGACAAAACAUUUGUUCAGUAUAGCACAUUAUCACCGUUGCUUGUUACUGAUUUUUGGCUGUUCAGUGAGAAUUAUGAGGUGAAUUUGGUUGAGGAACAUGAGAUGAGUGAGUCUUCAACUUUCGUCUGUGAAUGUCUAUGUCUGCAUUGGGAACAUGGUUCUCUUUGCAUGGGUAGAAGUUUGUUGCUGGACGCCUGUAUCUCUCAUUUCCAUUGAAUAGCUGAACUUCACACUUAAAGCAUUGUCCUUUAGUUGUCUUUAUGUUCUCUUGCAGGCAAAAGCUGUCUUGAUCCGUGACUGCUACAGAAAUAGUUGCUUUUAUUUUCCCUUUUGUGAACUAUGGGGCUUUAGCUGCAACCAGUGAGUAUCUGGUCUGAAGAAAUGCCAUCAACCUGCAGUCAGCUGGAAUGAAGACCUUACAGAGCACUCAAGAAAUACAGUCUUCAACACAAGUUUCACAGGACUCUCAGAGUGACCAACAGAACAAUCACACAUCAGAGGCUCCAGUAGCGGACUCUGGUUCAGUAUCUGCUUCAAGCAAUGAUAGCCGAAAGGUUUCGCGCCAAGAUAUUGAACUUGUUCAGAAUCUUAUAGAGCGGUGCUUGCAGUUGUACAUGAAUAGAGAUGAGGUGGUCAAAACCCUCUUGACGCGAGCAAGGAUAGACCCUGGAUUUACAACAUUGGUGUGGCAGAAAUUGGAAGAAGAAAAUGCUGAUUUCUUCAGGUCCUAUUACAUAAGGCUGAAACUGAAGAAGCAAAUUCUUUUAUUUAAUCAUUUGCUUGAACAUCAAUAUCAUCUUAUGAAGUUUCCUGUAUCUCCAAAGGUUCCUUUGGCCCCCAUGCAAAAUGGGAUUCAUCCCAUGCCCGUUAACAAUUUACCUAUGGGAUACCCUGUCAUGCAACAACCUCCAAUGCCAGCUCCAGGUCAGCCCCAUCUUGACUCCAUGGGAUGUGGAAUAUCAAGCUGCCAUGUGGUUAAUGGAGUCCCUGCUCCAGGAAAUUUUCAUCCAAUACGGAUGAAUUCUGGGAAUAAUUUGGUAAUGGGGAAUAAUACACCUGAUAUAGCUCCUGUAGUUCCACCAAGCAGUGCCAUGUCAUCCAUGUCUGAUAUGCCUUUGAGUCCUGCAUCUGUGGCAUCCAGUGGGCACUUUCCCUUUACUGCGUCGGAAAUGUCAGGAAUGGGAGUCGACACAUCAGCACUUGAUACAGCAUUUACAUCUGAUGUGGCCAGCUCAGUAGGAUUGCAGCUUGGACCAGAUGGUGUGGCUGGCACCUCCAAAUCACUAGAUCAAUUUCAGUGGAAUUUCAGCCUCUCGGACUUAACAGCAGAUUUAUCGAACUUGGGAGAUUUAGGAGCCCUAGGAAACUAUCCUGGUUCUCCAUUUCUGCCUUCUGAUUCAGAAAUUUUACUUGAUUCUCCAGAGCACGAGGACAUAGUGGAGGAAUUUUUUGUGGAUUCUGUCCCUGGUCCUCCGUCCCAGUCAGACGAAGAGAAAUCCUAGUCUAAGGUGAGAUCCCAUAAUUUUUUCUGGUUAAAAUUGUUAGGAUAAAAUGAGUUAAAUGAAUAAAUUAAACAUUUUCCAUCCAGUCUCUAGGGACAUUGAUAUUUUUACAGAAAUGAACAUUUGUAUUGUGGUAACGUAAUUGUAAUUGUUAUUAGCAUGGCGACAGGAAGUAGUCCUGUUGUAGUUGUAAUUUUUAACCCAUCAAUAAUAAGGUAGAAAUGCAAGUUUUUACUCGUU